UAAAAUCUACUCCAUUCCAUUUACUUUGUUAGUCACUUUUGUUUUUCAAUUAAUUUACGUUUUCAUAAAUUAAAUUAAAUGUAAUAACAUGAAUAAUUUUAAGUAUUUAAUGAUAAGUAACAGUUUAGAAUGAAUAAUAAUCAUAUAGGCGGAAAAAAUCCUGAUCAUGGCUGUUUGUGGAUUGAGAACUUUGUUGUUGAUAGUUUGUGUAAUAGAAUUGAUUGUUACUGUACAACGUCAAGUAUUCGAUUUUUUAGGGUAUAUGUGGUUGCCCAUAAUUGCUAAUUUUGUUAAUAUUUUAUUAAUUAUUUUUGGAUCUUUUGGAGCAGUUCAAUAUAUUACAAAUUAUAUUAUAUCCUUUGCAAUAUGGAGUUUUACAUGGCUAACAUGGAAUAUGUUUCUAAUUUGCUAUUAUCUAAAUCUGGGAACAUUGAACAGAGAAAGUGGCAUACUUUCUUUGGGGACUGACAGUGUAAGCUGGUGGGAGAGUAAUGGAUGGGGAUGUCAGCCUGUGUGGAGUGGAGAAGAGAGACCUGGUAUUUGGCGACCUGCCCGUGUUGAUGGUUGUUUUCUUCAGUGGUAUUAUGUUGAGCUUGGCCAAUCGAUUUUGGCAGCUUUACUUACAAUCAUAGCCCUGCCACUUGCUAUAGUCUUGGCAUUUAAGUCAGUUAAUAAACGCAAGGCACCAUCAGAGAAAGGAACAUUACCAAGACGUACUGUAUAUACAAUGGAGUUGAGUCCUACAGAAACAACUACAAGUGAAGGCUCUUUGAAACCCAUGACCCCUCGACGUGUGAAGCGUAGAUCUGGUUCAAGAGGAGCAGGAUCAUCUGUACGCAGAUCGCGACGGUCAUAUAGAAAUGCUGGAUACUUAGCUUCCAGUGCUUCUUUGCCACGAGAUGCUCGACCUUCGCGUCCUACUUCUGCACAUUCUUCAUAUUCUAAUUUUCAUGGAGCUCGACCUGCAUCAUACCAUGCUACUGAAAGAGAUAUAGUCUCACGAUCACAGGAUGUCUAUGAUCCACCUCAACCGCCUUCUGAAUCGGUUCCAAUAAAAACUAAUAGAUAUGGUACUAUGAAACGUGUCCAUAAGGCCGGUUUUGACGUCGUUGGACCUUAUAAUGAACCUAAUGGAGGCUGUGGAACUACCAGAAAUUAUGAUCGUAAUUUAUCUCCCUAUGACAACAUAAGUCGGGGCUACGACACUGCUUCAAGUUAUGACAAUAGAAUGGAUAUGGAUACAGUCGCCCAAUGUGAAUCUCCAUCGUACGGCGGCAGUGCAUAUGGUGCAGUGAACAACUACUCAGGCGCGGACGCUGCUUGGGAUGUGCCGCCGCCUGCACCGCCAGCGCCGACCUACAGCUCGCGAGCUACCCCCCAAGCACCGGGCCCACCGGCGUACCAAUCUGUAAAUGAUGCUUAUCUGGUUCCUUAACCCUACAAUUAUGUGCCUUAUGUUAAGUGACAUUUACUUACUUACACAGCAGUUUAGAUAAAUUGAUAAAUCUUUCGACAAUAUCUGUCAUUGUGUUGCAUCAAUAUUAUUGAAGUAACAAAGGUUGUGACAGAACGCUAAUAUUUUAAAUGAAUAGACAUUGUAUUUCGCUCAAGUUAAACAACGCGUUAUAUUUAUAUUAUCAUUACAAUAUAAUGGUUAUUCAUUUAUAUUUCAAAUUAACAACAAAUAUCAAUAAUCACUUAUUUAGAUUAUAAAUUUGUUAUUACGUCCUUUUCGUGUUUUUGGGUAUUUGUACUAAAGAAUCUCAUUAAGUCUUGUUAUUGAUGAUGUAUGUAAUACAUUCCUCUUUUAUAAAUUAGCUUUAAAUUCUUUUAAGUAUAACAAUUAUUUUUGUACCGUAGCUAAUAAUGAAAAAUUUACUUACAAUAUCGUUUUAUUGUUAUUUAAUAAUUGAUAUGUGAACAUUUGCGUCUUUUUUAUACUUAUUUCGGCACUUGUUACUGUCAGUUGAAAGCUUUGUUUGCGAUUAUAUAGUACACAUUAAAUUGUGUAACUGAUAAAUGUAAAGAAAAUCCGUCCUAUGUAAGUCUGGUAUUUUAUAUUUCUAUAUUAAACCUCAAACACUUCUGCCAUUACUUUACGAAUGUAUAGGAGUAGAAUGUAUGUUGUUGCAACAUUCCACUAUUGUAGUAAUUAUACAAUGAGCUUUAUUAGAUUAAGAUUAUGUACUAUUAAUAAGGUUAUAAUUAUUUGGGCCAAAAUUUUGGCAUAAAAAUUAUACCAAAUAUACACCGACUACAAUUUAUUUUGUUGGCUUUUAAUUGUUGAUUUAUGAAUGUGAUUAUUUUGCAACUAUAGAUAACUAUAAUAUAUCACACUAUAACUACUUUUUACCAUCUCAGCAAUAAGCAUCGACAGCGUAUUUAAAUCGCACUAACC